AAUAUAUCCUUUCUACUAGUGGCAACCUAUUUAUAUGGUAAGAAACAGAGAGAACGUCCAUUAAUAGAGUGGCUUCAUCCAUAGAUUCCAAUGGAAUUUUCGAAAUAUUAUUAAUUAUAAAUGAUAUAAAGAUAUUUCAAACUUGAGAUCUUUUUUUUUGUAUGCUUAUCUCAACUUUUAAAAUAUUACAUAUAUUAUUUUAUUUUAUUAUUUUUGAUUUAUAAAUUAUAUAAUGUUAUUAUUUGUUUAAUUAUACUUUAAAUUUUUUUAUUGAAAACCCAUAGACGAGGGUCGAGGGAUGAUCUUUAAUACGUGUAAAAAGUAAUUUGUAUUUCUUUAAAGAAUAUAGGUUAGUCAUACGAUGAAAGUAGAAGCAUUUUCGUUGACAAGAAACACUUAACGUAUGCUACACUAUCACUAUAGCUGACUGAAUAUACUCUUCUUAUAAGACCUGUUUUAGAAACUAUAUAUACUUAUCUGAUAAUCUGUAUAUAUGAGGAGGGAUUGUCUUAUUAUAACUUUUGAAACGUAUACGCCACGAUGCAAACCUUGAUUGUCUUGUCUUCGUGAUCAUUUGCUCGGGUUUUCCGGGAUUAGGGGAUGGUGUUUCAAUGUUGAGUUCGAUGCUUCUCUUCUUCAACUUCAACUUCGAUUAGAUUGGUUUGUCUUAAGUUGUUCACUGUUUUAGAGUUUUAAACUGUUGAUGUGUUUUGUUUCUACUGGGAAAAUGUUAAGAUUAGUUUCUCUAUGAAGAAGAUUACUAUUCUUGAAAGAGCUGAGAUUAGUGUAUAACUGCACCAAGUUUGUGACUAAUCAAAUAUAAUAUAUUCGAGGUCUAAUGCUUCUACCAACAUUCAUAUCAUCAGCAUCAAUCACCACCAGGAAAACCACGUCCAAUACCAAAUGAAUCAUCUGUCAUUCCAAAUCCGCCACUACGACCACUAAAUCUGUCGUAACAUUUCAUAGAGGGCCAACAUGCGAAGACCUCAUUUUACAAAUGUUCUGAUUGUUUUGGUUUAAGUCAGACCAAAAUGAGUUCCAAGCCUCAAAUACAGUCAGUAAAGAAUUUUCUAGUUGAAAAAUAAACUUAAUUUCAUUAUAAUUUAACCCAAAAUCUUGUAUUAUGAGUAGCUAAAACAAUAAACUUCCUCUUGUUGAGGUCCAGGUCACAUGAUCGGCUUCAACCAAAUGCAGGGACCAUUUGAUUAAAAUUUGGAAUUGUAAGUAUAGCGAAAAUGUUUCAGUUUAGGUUAAUGUUUAAGUUAAUAUUUAUUACGAUCUUCAAAAUUGUAGGUGAAAAAGUUUGGAUAGAGUGAAUGUUCGGUCUUCAAAAGUACAUAGAAGAACUAGGGGUUGGCAUAUGUACCUAAAUCAAACCAAACCAAAAUUCACCAAUGGAAAUUCGAAAUGUGUUAUGUAAUAGCUCGAAUUGGUAAAUUUUUUUAAUAUAACUCAAAACAGAUUAGCAGGACUAACCCAUUAAUAUUACGUUCUCAUAUCAUGCAUAAUACGACUACGUCACGUUCCCACGUAAUGCAUAGAAAAAUAAAACUAAAUACGAUGAUACAGUCUUUUAUUAAAUGAUGAUACACUCUUUACGACAUCCCAUGUUAUGCAUAUUGCAUUCUCUACGUUAUUACGUUCUCACGUUAUGCACAUGACCGUCUAACAGCACGCGUAAGUGGAGCGGUCGAACAUGACCCCGAAAUAUAAAAAUAAAAAAUUUAAGAAUUUUUAAAAAUAUAUAAAUAAAUUAUGGUAAAAACUUUAAAAUUUUAGAUAUAAUGCUAAAUUUAGAAUUUAUAAUAUAAACAAUCAGACAAACUUGAUAAAAUGUACAAUUAAUAAUUAUUUUGAACAUGGUCUAAAAUUAAUUUGAAGCGGCCCUGGUUAUGCAUAAUAUUAACAAUGCAUUAAUCCAUCUAUCACUCUCAUUCCAUGAAUCAAAUAGUAUAAUACCAUUCCACUUGAAUAUACAAAAGCUAUUUGAGUAAGCCUCUGGCCAGACCAGCGCAGGGGAAGCAAAGACACGUGAAUCCAGGCGACGCAAUAUUACCGGUUCACUCCAUGACGUAAAGGCAUCAGUUUACGCAAAUCAGUCCAACUACUUUCAUUAAUGAAAGAUGUUCAAAAUACAUUAUAUAGACUCUCUCUAACCAUUUACCAUUUACUCAAACUUGGCUGGAGAAUGGCAUUGGCUUACUCCACCCUAACCUACUGGCUCGUGAACCACCCCUACAUCGCCAACUUCACGUGGACCGAAGGUGAAACCUUCGGCUCCACCGUGUUCUUUGUAGCCGUUGUAGUCUCCCUUUACCUCUCCGCAACAUUCCUCCUCCGACAUGCCGUCGUUUCACUCCCCUCACUCGGUUCCAAAAUUCUCAAACCAAUCACAGCCGUUCACAGCCUCGUCCUCUGCCUCCUCUCUCUUAUCAUGGCCGUUGGUUGCACUCUCUCCGUAACCUCAGACCCCACAAUGCGCCUUUUCCACACGAUUUGUUUUCCCCUUGACGUGAAACCUAAAGGACCGCUCUUCUUCUGGGGUCAAGUCUUCUACCUAUCCAAGAUCCUCGAGUUCGGAGACACGCUCCUCAUCAUACUCGGCAAGUCAUUCCAACGGCUCUCGUUCCUCCACGUGUACCACCAUGCAACGGUUGUGAUCUUGUGCUUCACCUGGCUCCGAACCCGCCAGUCAAUGUUUCCUGUCGCGCUUGUGACGAACUCGUUGGUUCAUGUCGUCAUGUACGGUUACUACUUCCUUUGUGCCGUUGGACGGAGACCGAGGUGGAAGAGGUUUGUGACGGAGUUUCAGAUUGUGCAGUUUGUUUUCGGGUUCGUGUUAUCAGGUUGGAUGUUUCCGGAGCAUUAUUUCGGGUCGGGUUGCUCCGGGGUUUGGACAAUAUAUUUCAUGGGUGCGUUUAAUGGGUCUCUCUUGGUUCUCUUCUUCAACUUCCGCUCCAAGAACUAUGCUAGCAAGAAACAAUUAGAUAAUUAUUUUCCAAAAGAAACGAUUAAACUGGCUUAGAUUGUUGAAUAUUAUGUAUUGUCGAUCUCUUGUUGUGUUGUUGUUACUUGAAAUGAUGUUUGUAGUGUUUGAAAUUUUUUUUAUUAUGAAUAAGAUGACGAAAUAUAUUAAUAAUGUAUUUAGUCAAAAAAAAAUAUUGAAAAUGUAACAUUAAUCAUGAAGUGGCUGAUUUCUAGAUUCGAAAAUUGUUUAAUUAUGAAUAAGAUGACAUAAUAUAUUGACAAUGUAACACUAAUAAUAAAAUAGCUGAUUCCUAGAUUCAGAAACGUGACAUUAAGGUGACUUUUAAGAGUUGCACAAUGAGAUUUGUCUACUCGUACACCACUAAGUUUGUACCUAAUCGAAUAUUAAAUUUAAUAUAUGUAGCUACUAGUUUGUAGUCCAGAUUAUUUUGAAGGUAAUUGUUGGUGUUUACAUAAACGAUAAAAUCAUAAAAUUCUCAAAUACAUUACAAACUAACUCUCCAUAAUACAACAAGAAAACGAGGAAAA